UUGGCUCCGCCUUCCUACCUGUAAAUCUCCCCAACAAUCUGUGGAGCAGAUCUGACGGACUGACUGGAUCAGCUGAGGAAAGUGAAUGGGGACAGCGACGUGUCAUUGAGAGCGGAAUAAUCGCCGAAACGCCGAUAUUUGAACGGCACCUUCCACCGAUCUUCACACGACUACAAAGAGCUGCUAGGUUCCCAGCUGAAUAGCUUUGGAGACAUUGAUUAAGCUGGCGUUUAUGAGAGAAAUAUCGAUUAACGUUAGACACCGCUGUCACUGGAUGGACGACAGAGCGCUUAGACGUACACAGGCUGCCUGAAGAGAGCCGUCCGUUUGUCCGCUUUUCUGUCACGAAUCCUUUGCUUUCUCGCCGAAACUGACAUAAACGACGCGAUUAUUGGCAAUAAAGAGCAUUUUAUUUCGAAGACAUGGAAAAAGACGAAGAAAGCCCAUCAGAAAUGAAAAUAUGAAGUCGUCAUUAAUGCGGAUUUAAAUGUCUCGCGCUGAGGGGGAACGGACGCGCGAUUUCUCCUCACCCUCUCCAAGCUGCCGCGUUUCUCGCACAAAAAUAUUAUUUAUUCUGAGUAGACGUGGAUAGAAACACAGAGAAGAAACGAGAGGGAUAUUUGAAGCAAUAUGGCUGAUGGCUGGGGUUGGGGGCGCUGGCAGGAGCUCUCCAAAGCUUCUCAAUGCUAGCUGUGGCAGAUGGCAACGGAUCCUAUGGCAGCAGCAGCUCUAGAAUGAGUAAUAAUAUCAAUUUUAAUAAAAAUCCGGACUCUUCUGUCUCUAUAUCGAAGAUGGACGUGAUCAUCCCGUUCACACCAGACGUACCCUGUGACAACAAUGGUCAGCGCAUGUGGUGGGCUUUCCUCGCCUCAUCUAUGGUGACGUUCUUCGGGGGUCUCUUCAUCAUCCUCCUGUGGAGGACCCUCAAGUACCUGUGGACUGUCUGCUGCCAUUGCAACAUCAAAAACAAGGAGGCACAGAAGGUGAAUAACCCUAUUACUAUUCAGGCUGAUGGCACAACAAAGACUGGGAAUGAAAAAGAAGAAGCCCCAGCCAGUGAAGUGGGCUGGAUGACCUCAGUCAAAGACUGGGCCGGGGUCAUGAUCUCAGCACAGACCCUCACCGGCAGAGUUUUGGUGGUGUUGGUCUUUGCACUCAGCAUCGGAGCUCUGGGAAUAUACUUCAUAGACUCUUCGGAUCCUAUAGAAUCCUGUCAGAAUUUCUACAAAGACUUCACGUUACAAAUUGACAUGGCAUUCAACGUGUUCUUCUUACUCUACUUUGGUCUGCGCUUCAUAGCAGCCAAUGAUAAGCUGUGGUUCUGGCUGGAGGUCAACUCAGUGGUGGACUUCUUCACCGUGCCUCCCGUGUUUGUGUCAGUGUACCUGAACAGGAGUUGGCUUGGUCUGAGGUUUCUAAGAGCCUUGAGAUUGAUACAGUUCUCAGAAAUUUUACAGUUUUUGAAUAUCUUAAAAACAAGUAAUUCCAUCAAGCUGGUGAACCUGUGUUCCAUCUUCAUAAGCACAUGGCUCACUGCUGCAGGAUUCAUUCAUCUGGUGGAAAACUCAGGGGAUCCAUGGGAAAACUUCCAAAACUCUCAACCGCUCUCAUAUUGGGAAUGUGUGUACUUAUUAAUGGUCACCAUGUCCACGGUGGGAUAUGGGGACGUCUAUGCAAGAACCACUCUUGGACGCCUUUUCAUGGUCUUCUUCAUUCUCGGUGGUCUGGCCAUGUUUGCUCGCUACGUGCCAGAAAUUGCUGCUCUCAUCCUUAAUCGGAAGAAAUACGGAGGGAGUUAUAACUCGACACGAGGCAGAAAGCAUAUUGUGGUCUGUGGUCAUAUCACGCUCGAAAGUGUUUCCAACUUCCUUAAAGACUUCCUACACAAGGACAGGGAUGAUGUCAAUGUAGAAAUUGUUUUUCUUCAUAAUAUUUCCCCUAAUCUUGAGCUGGAAGCCUUGUUCAAACGUCACUUCACUCAGGUGGAAUUCUAUCAAGGAUCGGUCCUCAACCCACAUGAUCUAGCAAGAGUGAAGAUUGAGUCGGCGGACGCUUGCUUGAUUCUUGCAAACAAAUACUGUGCAGACCCCGAUGCUGAGGAUGCCUCAAAUAUCAUGAGAGUGAUAUCUAUCAAGAACUACCAUCCAAAGAUCAGAAUAAUAACACAAAUGUUGCAGUACCACAACAAGGCCCAUCUGCUAAACAUUCCCAGCUGGAACUGGAAGGAGGGAGAUGAUGCGAUUUGCCUGGCCGAGUUGAAGGCAGGCUUCAUAGCCCAGAGCUGCCUGGCACAGGGCCUGUCCACCAUGCUCGCCAACCUCUUCUCCAUGAGGUCAUACAUCAAGAUUGAAGAAGACACAUGGCAGAAGUAUUAUCUGGAAGGAGUAGCCAAUGAAAUGUACACUGAGUACCUGUCUAGUGCCUUUGUCGGCCUUUCAUUUCCUACAGUUUGUGAGCUGUGCUACGUGAAGCUCAAGUUGCUGUUGAUCGCUAUUGAGUACAAGUCAGAGCAAAGGGAAAGCAGAAGCAGAAAGCGUAUUCUGAUCAACCCGGGAAAUCACGUUAAAAUGCAGGAGGGGACACUGGGAUUCUUUAUUGCCAGUGAUGCCAAAGAAGUGAAAAGAGCAUUUUUCUACUGCAAAGCAUGUCAUGAUGACAUCACAGAUCCCAAACGGAUUAAAAAGUGUGGCUGCAAGAGAAUGACAUAUUCCAAGAUGUCCGUCUACAAGCGAAUGAAACUGGCAUGUUGUUUUGAUUGCGGGCGCUCUGAGCGCGACUGCUCGUGCAUGUCAGGCAGUGUACAUAGUAACAUGGACAGCCUUCAGAGGGCCUUCCCACUUUCUUCUGUCUCUGUUCAUGAUUGCUCAACCAGUUUACGUGCCUCCAAAUAUAAGUUUAACGGAUAUGUCAGAUCACUCGAAGAUGAGCAUCCGUCAACACUGUCACCCAAAAAGAAGCAGCGCAACGGAGGCAUGCGAAAUUCACCCAACUGCUCGCCCAAAAUGAUGAGGCAUGAUCCUCUACUCAUUCCAGGAAAUGAGCAGAUUGAGAGCAUGGAUGCUAAUGUCAAACGAUACGACUCUACUGGAAUGUUUCACUGGUGUCCAUCCAAAGAAAUCGAGAAGGUCAUUCUGACACGCAGCGAGGCCUCAAUGACGGUUUUAAGUGGACAUGUCGUAGUCUGCAUAUUUGGAGAUGUCACGUCAGCUUUAGUGGGGCUUCGAAACUUAGUCAUGCCUUUGAGAGCAAGCAACUUCCAUUACCAUGAGCUAAAGCCCAUUGUGUUUGUGGGCUCGUUAGAUUAUCUGCGAAGAGAGUGGGAAACCCUUCACAACUUCCCCAAAGUCUUCAUCUUACCUGGUACGCCAUUAAGUCGAGCUGAUUUAAGGGCCGUCAACAUCAACCUCUGCGACAUGUGCGUUAUCCUGUCAGCCAAUCAGAACAAUAUCGACGAUGCUUCACUGCAGGACAAGGAAUGCAUCUUGGCAUCUCUUAACAUCAAAUCUAUGCAGUUUGAUGACAGCAUUGGGGUCUUGCAGGCUAAUUCCCAAGGUUUCACACCUCCAGGGAUGGAUAGGUCAUCUCCUGAUAACAGUCCCGUGCACGGCUUAGUGCGGCAGGCAUCCGUCACCACCGGAUCAAACAUCCCCAUCAUAACUGAACUGGCUAAGCCUGGCAAACUACUGCCUUUGGUUUCAUUCAGUCAGGAAAAAAACAGUGGAACCAACAUACAAAUGAUAACAGAACUGGUGAACGACUCCAACGUUCAGUUUUUGGACCAAGACGACGAUGACGACCCAGACACUGAGCUCUACCUGACCCAGCCGUUCGCCUGUGGUACCGCAUUCGCCGUCAGCGUGUUGGACUCCCUGAUGAGUGCGACAUACUUCAAUGAUAAUAUCCUCACCCUGAUCCGGACGCUGGUCACGGGAGGCGCCACGCCGGAGCUGGAGGCCCUGUUGGCUGAGGAGAACGCUCUGAGAGGUGGCUACAGCACGCCGCAGACGCUGGCUAACAGGGACAGGUGUCGGGUCGCCCAGCUGGCCCUCUACGAUGGGCCCUUCGCAGACUUGGGGGACGGAGGUUGCUAUGGAGACUUGUUCUGUAAAGCAUUAAAAACCUACAACAUGCUGUGCUUUGGAAUCUAUAGAUUGCGAGAUGCACAUUUAGGUGCACCAAGCCAGUGCACAAAAAGAUAUGUCAUCACAAACCCGCCUUAUGAGUUUGAGAUGGUGCCCACGGACCUGAUCUUCUGUCUGAUGCAGUUCGACCACAACGCGGGCCAGUCCCGAGCGAGCCUGUCCCACUCCUCCCAUUCGUCCCAUUCCUCCAGCAAGAAGAGCUCGUCUGUUCACUCCAUCCCAGCCACCAACCGGCAGAACCGCAGCAGCAAAGCACGUGAAGCCCGUGACAAACAGAAUGCAACAAGGAUGAAUAGAAUGGGCCCAGAAAAGAGAUGGUUUACAGAUGAAGCAGAAAACGCAUACCCAAGGAACAUUCAAAUCAAGCCUAUGAGCACUCACAUGGCCAACCAAGUCAAUCAGUACAAAUCCACUAGCAGUCUGAUUCCACCUAUCCGAGAAGUCGAAGACGAAUGCUGAACAAAUCCCCCGGCCUUUCUUAUCACUGAGGGAACUUGGGUCAUCCUGCUGUAAAAGACGAGCGCUAUUCGUGAAACGCUGACUGUGAUGACGCCGACACAUUGUUCUUCCCUUGUUCCACUCGAGGGUUCGAAGCGAUCGAGGACUAGAAGGGACUUCCUAUGUGUAUACCUUUAAUGUUACUUCCAUACUUUUGUAUAUGUAUACAUAGUGAUGUACAUAAUGACAAUCAAGUAAGGAUUGUACAGCCCCUAGCACUUUUUAAAAUAACAGGCGAACAAAAAAGAAAAAAAAAUAGAAGAAAAAAAAGAUACUUCCUGUGAUUCUUUGCAUUAUCUCACCUCUGCUGUGACCUGACUCCAUGCAGAGGGCGCUAUUAUGGAGGAUGAGGGUCACCCUCGCUCACUUCAUCCAAACACUACCCAAAGAUCAGCCCCAUCGAUUGAGUCGUGUAUCUGUUGUCCAUUUGGUUUUUGCACUACCAUUUAAUAACUGACGAAAGAGUCAAAGCUUUCCCUCGCUUCUCCUCUGAGUUGGGGUCUGACAUCACAGGCUGAGGCUGUUAAACGAAUGGCUGUGUUUGUUUGGUGCAUGGUGUGUGCUGAAGGCUGCCCGAAGUAAACCGAGGCUCAAAAAAGGAUGCCCAUUUCCAUCCCCGCAGACUGUUUAGGCACAUGGAAAUGUUUGCAAAUGGCCAUCCCCAACGUAGCUCUUCGGAAUUGGCAAUACACUGAGGAUAUGCACUACUUCUGUUGACGUCUUUCCAUCAUCCAUGACUGCUAGUGAUCGAGGCUUCUAAUGUUUGUCUGCGGCUCUGCUAUUAAUGCGACUGAAUGAAACACUAAUAUCACCUGCUGAUAAUUCAACAAUGAUUGAGCUUCCAAACUCAAAUAAUCUUCUGAAUGAAUUGAAAAUAAUGCCACAUAUUGCGAAAAGUGGGCACCGACGGUUCCUCCUUUGGGUGUUGCCACUGCCUGGCACAGGGUUGGCACAGGGGUGGUUAAAGUGCUUGGAUGUUCCCUGUGACCAACCAUGAUGCUCAAUCACACAAGCUCAAUAAUAUUGUUCAAUUAUCAGCCAAAGAUGUAACUUUGCUGUGGACUAAACAGAUCUGAACAUCACUCACGUCUACCGAGGCUACAGCUUAAAGUAGAACGUGUACUGAUACAAAUGCUUCACAGACCUUUGAACUUGGCUUCAAGUGCUCUGUCAGAUUUAUACAUAAGUACAUACUUAUUUUUUAUCCAUGAGCGUAAUCAUUUUGUACUUAUUUUUAUACAUAUCAGAGAACUUUAUUUCUAAAUGUAUCUUAAAGAUAUCUUACUAGCUACAGUGCGCAGCGGCGGUUGGGUUUCUUCAAUUUUAGCCCCCUGACAUAUCACGUAACAUCAACCGGGACACGUCAAAGAUCUGUGAACCCGAGUGGAAUUUACCUUUCCAUCAGCUCACGCGGGCUGCUUUGAAGGACCUACUACUCAAACAUGCUUUCAUUUUCAUAAGCUAACAGAUAAAUGACUACUCACACUUUUGUGUAAUUCCAGGUAAAGCGAUGUUGACAUGAACUCACGCAUGAGGAGGGGGCUCUGCUCUUUCUGUCAUAAGGUUACGGUAAUAGUAGUGAUGUUUGGCCUAAAUUAGGUCUCGCUAGAGAGGAGAGCACACUGAUGCUAAUAGCCAUAUCACUGUAGAAAAGAGACGUUGUCCAUCCAUUAGGCGAAAGAAUAGAAAACUGUUUUAGAAAUCUGCCCAUUCUAGUCAACGUUUAUUUUCUCAAAUAAAAAAAAAGGAUCUCAGCUUUAUCGUUUGUCUACUGGACAAUUAGGCUUUGUCCUGAAGUGAUUUUCUGAUUGUGAUUACAUUGGUGUUACACUUUGUAGCAAGUAGAUUUCUUAAAAAAAAAACAAUAAUACUAAUGUGAGUAAAAUGUAUGUAAAAUUGGAUUGUCGACAUACUUGCUAGCCUGAAAAAGACUUUGAGCAAAAAAAAAUAAAAAAUCCAUUGGCGUUAAAUGUCCGAUAUUUUUAGUCUCCGUGCGGUCCUUUUCCUGUAAUGAAAGCGCAUUACAAAGGAAAGCCGAUCGCGCAACAGCAGGUUUCAUUUGAUGAGAAGAGUGUAGAUGCAGAACUAGCUCUUUUACACAGGGGUAAUUAACCAUUUUACAUUCCAUUUUGUCAUCCGUUACAAUCACACAUACUUUGAAAAUGUCAAAAUGGCUUGUUUGUUUACAGACUUUCUUUCUUUCUUUGUCAAAACACAUUCUCAGGUAGCGAUCCUGACGACUAAACAAAAAGCAGGCUUACGUUUUCUUAUGGUUACCUUUCAAAGCGAUACAGCUAUUUUCUGCUCCAUUGCAACAAAUGUGCAAUAUUUUAGUAUCAUGCAAUUUAUUUGUACAUCUUGUGAAGAUACUAGAGUGUACACAUAUCAGUGCCAUGACAUGUAUCGUCUACUAGCAUCAGUCAGUCAUUGGGUCUUGAUGAAUAUGAUGGCGUCUAACACUGGCAUGGAGAACAUCCAAGCCAUCUUUGCCUCCAUGCCAGGACAGUGCCAGGCAGUGCAGGACCACCAAAGGAGGAACAGCGGAAGACCCACUAGAGCGAAAAGUGGCAUUCAGAUGGGCACAAGACCUGUGCGAGCUGCUGAAAUCCAAGCACCUUUGAUACCUUAUAGAUACUGAGGGGAAAAAAGACCACAAUGACUGAGUGAUGCUACGUAGAACUGACUAUGAUGUUUACAUAGGCUCACCUGUCAAUGUAUUCAAGAGUGUUUUAAUUAAAGUAACAUAUAAAGCAACCUUACUGAUGUGCUACUGUAUGUAAUACACAACUGUCAUAUUUUGGCUACUUUAUUCUACUGUAAAGGAAAGAGUUACGUUUAUAGACUAAACUGCUGUAUAAAGGAAACACACUGUAACAGAAUAGAAACACUUGGAGGGAAUUAAGUCUUAACAUGCUGAACUUGCGUAUGGAUUACUAUUUUGUUGCUGUCUUUUCUUCCACUUCAAUAAAUGAUCGAAACAUCCAUCUAUACAUGUACUUAUUGGCAUAUUCAUUACAGGAAAAAGGAGUUUGUCAUAGCGGAAUAUGACUGAUUUGAUUGGAGGACGUGAUGGUGCUGAGCUGAUCUACCUGACUCUGUCAAAUAUAACCUGCUGAUAAACAUACUGUCUUGUACAAAAAGUUUGUACAUAAAUUGUACAUGGUUUCUUUUUGUAUUUUCUCAAAUUAAAAUGGAUGUAUUUGUGUUCUACA